AUGUCCUACACCGUCCACAAGGUCUCCUCAACAGAGGACUUUGACCGCUGCAUACACGUCCGCCAGGUCGUCUUUGUCGUCGAGCAGGAGUGUCCCCCAGACACAGAGCCAGACGCAAAAGACCCCGUCUGCACCCAAUUCCUCGCCACCUACUCCGACAACAACACAGACUCGGCACCGGCCUCUCCCGUAGGAACAGCGCGCCUCGUCCCCGUGGAAGCCGAAUCACCAACAGCGACGAAAACAGCAAUGCUAGGCCGGCUAGCCGUCCUAAAAGAACACCGCGGAAAGGGACUCGGGCAACUCCUCGUCAAGGCGGUGGAAGAGGAAGCCAAGCGCUUGGGCGUUCAGCGGAUCGAUAUGCAUGCCCAGAGUUAUAAGCAGCGGUGGUACGAGAAGUUGGGAUAUGCGAGGCUGGAGGGACUGGACGAGUUUGACGAGGAUGGGAUCCCACAUGUCCAUAUGGAGAAGUGGAUUGUCUAG